CUUGUGAAAAUUUUUAAUUCAGCUCCCAAUAUAUAUAUAUAUAUAUAUAUAUAUAAGUAUACAUAAAAGAAUAAAGCUAACUUUGUUUCUCUAUUGGCAAUGCAAAGCCUAAGAAGUUGGUCAAGUGACGUUGUGCACCUUGAUCUCACAUCACCACCUUCUUCCUCUUCCUCCAACACCACCCCCAUGAGCACCACCGCCACAAGUGGCGGCAGCAGUUGUCUCUCCAUCGACGAGGAGGAAUCGACGGAGACUCGAAUCCAAAGACUGAUAUCGGAGCACCCCGUCAUCAUCUUCAGCCGAUCAUCAUGUUGCAUGUGUCACGUCAUGAAAAAGCUCUUGGUCACCAUCGGGGUUCAUCCUACCGUCAUCGAACUCGAUGACCGUGAGAUGGCUUCCCUCCCUCCUCCUCCUCCUCCGUCGUCAUCUCCAACUCACGGUGGCAUCCCCUCCAUGAACCACCCUUCCCCCGCCGUGUUUAUCGGUGGAACCUGCAUCGGUGGCCUUGAAUCCCUCGUGGCUCUUCACCUCAGUGGUCACCUCGUUUCAAAGCUCGUUGAAGUUGGUGCUCUCUGGGUAUGAUAUAUAUAUAUAUAUAUAUAAACAUUAUAUUAUAUAUAGCUUUAAAAAUCAUGUAAUGAUCAAGCUUUCCAUUUUUAAUGCUUCUUCAAA